GACAAGUGUUUCCUUAAACGACGAAGGAAAAUAGUGAAACGACAGAGAGUGAAGAGCUCCAAACAGAAGCAGUCUCUGUUGAAAAUUGAAAUAGAAGAGAAGUGUGAAAGGAGAGAAGAAGAGGAGUUAUCUGCAUCGAUCAUCACCAUGUCGUGUUGUUUAUCUUGCUGCGCAUCUUUGACCUGUGGUCUCUGCACCUCUGCUGCAUCUUGCAUCUCUCAGAAAUCCGCUAGAAUCGGUUACUGUGGUCUCUUCGGUGUCUCUCUCGUAGUUUCGUGGAUCCUUAGAGAAUUUGGAGCACCCCUCUUGGAGAAACUCCCAUGGAUAGGUGCAUCCAAUACCCACACAAAGGAAUGGUAUCAAGAAGAAGCAGUUCUUCGUGUGAGUUUGGGAAAUUUCUUGUUCUUUGGCAUCUUGGCCCUUAUUAUGAUUGGUGUGAAGGACCAGAAUGAUAAGCGGGAUUCGUGGCACCAUGGUGGUUGGACUGUAAAAGCGGUGAUAUGGCUUUUGCUUGUGGUCCUUGCAUUCUUCCUCCCAGAUGUUGUAAUAGUAGUAUAUGGAUUCAUAUCAAAAUUUGGGGCUGGCAUGUUUUUAUUGAUUCAAGUGAUAAUUUUACUUGACUGUACUCAUGCUUGGAAUGAUGCAUGGGUUGAGAAAGAUGAACAGAAAUGGUAUAUUGCUUUACUUGCUGUAUCAGUUGGAUGCUACAUUGCAGCAUUUACGGUGUUGGGACUUCUUUUCAUUUGGUUCAAUCCUUCUGGAUAUGAUUGUGGCCUCAAUAUCUUCUUCAUUGUCAUGAGCAUGAUUCUUGCUUUUGUGUUUGGAGUUAUUGCCUUACAUCCUAAGGUGAGCGGUAGCUUGUUGCCAGCCUCUGUGAUUUCCCUUUACUGUGCUUAUGUGUGCUACACGGGCCUUUCUAGUGAACCUCAUGACUACGAGUGCAAUGGUCUCAACAAGUCCAGAGCUAUCAGCACAAGUACACUCGUUCUUGGCAUGCUAACUACAGUGCUAUCAGUGCUGUAUUCUGCUCUUCGUGCCGGAUCUUCAACCACAUUCUUAUCACCACCAUCUUCACCUAAAUCGGCUGGGAGCAAACCUCUUCUUGAAGAUGUAGAAGAAGGAAAGACAAAGAAGGAGGAAAAGGAAGCAAAACCCGUUAGUUAUUCAUAUUCAUUCUUCCACCUAAUAUUUGCCCUGGCUAGCAUGUAUUCAGCAAUGCUUCUUUCUGGAUGGACCAGCACAUCUGAGAGCUCAGAUCUCAUAGAUGUUGGUUGGACUUCAGUAUGGGUUCGAAUUGGCACCGAGUGGGUCACUGCUGGUUUGUAUACAUGGACCCUUGUGGCUCCUUUGCUGUUUCCUGAUCGUGAAUUUGCUUAGCUCUCUCGUCUUUAAAUUACUAUACGCUAUGGCCUUCACUUUGGUUGGUGUAUGGUAUUUAAAUUUAAGUUAUCAUCUUCGGUGUGUACAUAUUGGAAUGCUGUGUGUUGCUUGCAAUACAUGAUAUAUGUACAGGUUCACCCCCUUCCAUGUGAGAUGUAAAGCAUUUUAUAUCUACUAUAAUGCAUUAUAGUACGAGAUGAGCUAAAUAAAUAAAUAGUCUAUUGGUCAUA